GUUGGUACAACGGCAACCAAAAAAAUUGAUGUCUACCUCCCACUGCACACAAGCCAAGACAAACUACAGCCCAUGACAGUUGUGACGAUAGCAAAUGCCAAGGUGCAUGACCUGAUUGGACUAAUAUGCUGGCAAUAUACAAGUGAGGGACGGGAACCAAAGCUGAACGACAACGUCAGCGCCUACUGCCUGCACAUUGCGGAGGACGAUGGCGAGGUUGACACGGAUUUUCCGCCCUUGGAUUCCAAUGAGCCCAUUCACAAGUUUGGCUUCAGCACUCUGGCGCUGGUUGAGAAGUACUCGUCUCCGGGCCUGGCGGCCAAACAGUCGCUCUUUGUUCGCAUAAAUGCUGCUCAUGGAUUCUCACUUAUUCAGGUGGACAGUAUGAAGGUCACCAUGAAGGAUAUCUUACAAAAGGCCUUAAAGAGAAGGAAGGGAUCACAGAGAGGCUCAG